AUGAAACCUAGCGGCAUCAGUGGUAAGCAAUGCGAACCACUUGUCGCCUUUCAAGUCUGCGACAAUGCAAGUCGGUUGGACCCUACGGCACCGGACAAUUCUAAGUGCACUGUCAUCCAAGAAAGGCAACAUGAAUCACAACCAGAAGAACACAACUGUGCCGCCAACAUCUUGAACAACAUUCCCAACGCCGAAACACCAAGGCUGCUAGAUUCAAACUCCCCAGACAAGGCAGAUGAUGAGUGGGGUCCCCCGUUGCCCCAGUUGACACCACCACCAGUGUUCGAAAACAAAUAUUUCCGGGUUGUGAGCUCCCACACGGCAGGACUCGGGGCCAUCGCGUGCCGUCCCCUGAGGAGAGGUGACAUAAUACUAUGCGAAGAGCCUCUAUUUACAUCUGAUAGCCAGAAUGUUUUCUCAGAGUUCGCCAAACUCAGCGAGGAGCAAAAGAAAGUAGCCAUGAGUCUUCAUGCGAAUCAGCUGAUGAAGCCUGGCACAUCUGACGUGUAUGCUAUUUGGACCACGAACUGGUAA